UUGCGUUGUGACGUUGCUCAGAAGCUCCAGCAGCUCGAGACGUGCUAGUGACUACACAGAAGGCCCAGAGCGUGUUUUUAGACGAUGCUAGAAAGAGUUACGCGUAAACACCCAGCCUUUUAUCAGUAUUAAUCAGUUGCGCGCCAGGAUGAUUAUAGAAAAUGUGGAAGCUCUGAAAUCCUGGCUGGCGAAACUUCUUGAACCCAUAUGUGAAGCUGACCCGUCUGCACUGGCAAACUACGUUGUGGCGUUAGUGAAGAAGGACAAACCAGAGAAAGAGCUCAGAGCAUUGUGUGCGGAUCAGCUGGACGUCUUCCUUCAGAAAGAGACUACAGGGUUUGUCGAUAAACUCUUUGAAUGUCUAACCACCAAAAAUUAUUUGGGAAAUCCAGCUGCUAAAGAAGAGAGUAAAAUCCCAGUGCAGAAGCUUGAGGAGAAGGAAGAGACUAGUCAUGUUGAAGACGAUAGGGAUAACAGAAGAAGAAGAAGUCCAUUAAGGAAUCGUUCUGACUUCAAUGAAUCAAGGACUAGAGAUGACCGCAGGAGAGACGACCGUAAGCGGCGGGAACCGGACCGUCAUGGAAAGAGCGGAGGAGAAUCAUAUCGAGACCGACAUGAGCGGCGAGGAGGAAGCUCACGGGGGAGGAGCUACAGUCGAAGCAGGAGUCGGAGCCGCAGUGGCAGCCGUGGAAAGAGCCGAGAAAGAGAGCACAAUCAGAGGAGAGCAGAGCACAGAUCCAAAUUUGAGCAGGAGCGGAAGGACACAGAGCCUUACGUCCCAUCCUCUGGCCACAUGGGUAACCCACACCACCAGCAGACCCAUCCGCCCCCCCUGCUCCCUCUGCCCCCUCCUCAGCACCAGUUCCCCUCCUCGGGGAGCCCCGCCGUCCCCAACGCCGUAACCGUGGUAGCACCGGCUCACCUGCCCGACAGCACUACAGAGAGCUGGUCCACAUACUUCACCAACCACACAGACAUCAAGAGCUUCAACAAGAGCAGCACGCUCAAACACCGCUGCAGAGACUACGACGAGAAAGGAUUUUGCAUACGAGGCGAUCUCUGUCCUUUUGACCACGGUAAUGACCCUCUGAUCGUGGAUGACGUCACACUUCCUAGCAUGAUCCCGUUUCCACCCCCACCAGGCCUGCCCCGGAUGCCCAUGCCGCCAAUGACCGAGCCUCCUCCUCGCAUGCCCAUGCCGCUGCGCCCUCCCCACGGACAGCCUCCGCCUCCGGGCAUCUACCCCAUGCCUGGGCCUCCUCUAAUCCCAGCUCCUGGGAUAGAUACUCCACCCCACUCCAGAACCAGCAGAACCUCUUCCCCUUUGGCCCUGCCUGGAGUGGGACCCCCUCCUCCUCCACCACCACCACCUCCUUCCUCUUCUUCCUCCUCUUCUGCCUCUCUCCACCCUCAGUACACUCUCUCUGAAUACAACUAUGACCCUGAGGCCUAUAACCCAGAGUCUCCAGGACUGACCGGGCCAGGCAGAGCUCAAUACCGCCAUUUCAUCCCCCGCAUCCAGACGCAGAGACCCAAUCUCAUCGGCCUCACCGCUGGUGACGGGCAAAACUCCCGAGCGGCUAACAUCGUAAUCCAGACCGAGCCAGCCGUCACGAGUGUGUCGAGUGGAGAUGUGAGGUACAGCUCUGAGCAGGAGAACAGGAAGAGAUGCCUACCAUCUACAGACGGACCACAGGCCAAAAAACCCUGGAUGGAAAAACAAAAUUUCAAUAACCAGCAUAAUCCCACCUUCCCGAAAAAGAACCAUUAUGUAAACACCAAACUAGAGGUCCGCAAAAUCCCCCGGGAGCUCAACAACAUCACCAAACUCAAUGAGCACUUCAGCAAGUUUGGAACGAUAGUCAACAUCCAGGUGGUGUUUGGGGGUGACCCUGAGGCGGCAUUGAUCCAGUACACAGCCAAUGAUGAGGCUCGGAGGGCCAUCUCCAGCACCGAAGCCGUUCUGAAUAACCGCUUCAUCAGAGUGUACUGGCAUCGAGAGACCACAUCGAACACACAGGAACAGGGACCCAGUCAGAGCACAAACCCUGGACAACAACAUCCCACAACACACAAGGUCAUUAAUAAGCAGCACCCAGCAGGAUCGUACGUGCUGAACAAUAAAACCUUCCCUAAACAGCAGACGGCCCCGGGAGCCGCGGGCACAACGGGCGGCACGGGCGGCACUGAACCGACCAGCCCCAGCCAGGAACCUUCAGUGGGUUUAACACCACCUUCAGGUUUAGCGAAGGGUCCGUUCUCACGCACGGUGUUGAAAACCGCAUCAAAAUCUUUGGGAAAAACGGCCAAAGUACUGGAAGCUCAGGAGGUUUUGAAAAAGAAGCAGGAGGCGCUGAAACUGCAGCAAGACAUGAGGAAGAAGAAACAAGAAAUGCUUGAAAAACAGAUCGAAUGUCAGAAGGUGCUGAUAAACCGCCUGGAAAAGAACAGAGGGAUGAAGCCAGAGGAAAGAGCCAACAUCAUGAAGACACUCAAAGAACUGACAGAGAAGAUCUCUCAGUUGAAGAAUGAGAUCAGCCCCACCUCACAAGCUACUGCCAACACCACACAAACAAAGUCAAAAACAGAUGCACAGAAAGAGUUGCUUGACGCAGAGUUGGACUUCCAUAAGAAGUUGACGUCAGGAGAAGACACCACAGAUCUGAAGAGGAGGUUGGGUCAGUUGCAGGUGGAGGCAACAAGGUUGGGAUUGAUCUCGGCUGGGCGUGGCAAGCCACCAGCAGCACCAAGUCGAGGCCGAGGGAGGGGCCGAGGGCGGAGCCUGAGGGGGCGUGGAGGAGGCAAUCACAUGGUUGUAGACCACCGGCCUCGAGCCCUCACAAUCAUUGGCUUCACACAGGAAGAGAAGGAGGAGCUCAUGCCACAUUUCAUGAAAUUUGGCGAGAUUGAGGAGCUUCGGGACCAUGAUGCUUCCAGUGUCGUGAUGACCUUCAAAACGCGAAGUGAAGCAGAAAACGCUGCAAACCAAGGGGCUAAGUUCAAAGGUCGAAUUUUACAGAUCUCAUGGUACAGACCCAAAACUCCAUCUGUGUCCACUGAAACAGAAGAGGAAGAGUCAAAGAAAGAGGUCAGCGCUGCAGGAAUUCAUGUAAUGACGGAGCCAGUCAGCCCCUUUCUGCUUCCAGAGGAAGAGGAAGAAGAUGAUGAUGAAGAUGAUGAAUAUGAAAGCCGCUCAUGGAGGCGAUGAGGAAGGGGAAACUGCACCCCUUUUUGUUCAAGAACUGUCAUUUUUAGUUUCUGUUUGUGAAUUCUAAUUUAAGUAUAUUAGAUUGAAUAAGACAAAGAGUCUUUUAAAGACGGUUUUCAGUAUUUUGAGAAGUGGAAAAAAAAUGAAAAGGCUAAUGGCAUUCUCCAUAUGGGAGAAUAUAAGAGAACGGGAGACGUCUGUGGUCACUUGCAGUGUUUCUGUCAUUCUGCAAUUUCUGCAUUAUAUAUCAAACUCUCACUUUUGCUGAGAGUGAAUGCAAAAUGUUCAAUUAGGAAACAUUUUGUUUCACUGUGCAUGACCAGAUAUCAGUAACUCACAACAUUUGUGACAACUGUUAUAAUUUUUUUUUUACGCCUAAAUUUUCGCACAUUUUCCCAGUUCAAUGUAAGACUUAACAUGAAACUUCAUCUGCACUUUGUGCCACCUUGGCCUGUGGUUGAAGUUCUCCCAAAUGGACACACUCACGCAUCAUUCUCAUUAAAGGCAUCUCUUUCCAUUGUUAAGAAAACAUAUGCCCUAAUUAUGUCAGACCCUUUUACAACACUUUUGUUUAAUUUUUCCUCCUCCUCAAGAUUAAUGUGCCACUUCCUGUAAAUAUAGGCUCGAUAUGUGGAAAGAUCCAUGUGGCAUAUCUCAUUUUGGUCCGUGUGUCCGACUGUUCAUAUUUAUUUCUUACAUCUAUGCGGGGUUCCAAAACCAAAAAAUGCUUUGGAUGAGGGUCAGAGAAUAUUAUUAUUGGUAAUUGAGAUAACAUAUGAACAGGUGUUGUGAAUGUAUUCCGAAUUGAUUUACACUUCAUUUACGCCUUAUAUCGUCAGUGUGCAGCUGACGUUUUAUGAGAUUUUGUAUUUUUUUUUGUGUGUGUGUGUAUAUUUUGUAAAUGGUUGCAGUAGUAAUGACUGUUCUCUUCAUUAUUUUAGCCGUUAGAAUGAAUGAAUCACUGAACGAAUCACAUUCAUGACUCUUAGAGGCUUAUUUAAGUAACCGUGUGACUUAUAAACAUCAUGCAAUUUUUUAUUUUUUUUUUGUCAUAUUUGACACUCGGCUUGUUUCAAAAUCCUGGUCCUCCAGAAAUGGGUAUAAAAUGUACCAUUUCUGUAACCUUAGAUAUUAUCCAAUAGCAUGCUGGCAUCUGUAUGCGUGUGCUCAUUUGGUAAAAAAAGAAAAUAUAUGUACGAAUGCAUAUAUAUUUUUUUAAUAAUCAUAUUUACAUACUUUGCUAAAACAAUUAAGAUGUAAGUUUAUACUUCCUUUUAAAGAAGGACCAGUGUAAAACUUUGAAACUUUAUAUAUACUGUUGAUGUGACAUUUAAUAGCACGUUACUAUGCCAUUUGAAUCCAAACAUUCAGUGAUGUACCUGUUUGCCCUACUCUUUCCGAAUGAUUGUACAAUAUGUUCUCAAUAUCCACAACGUUUCAGUUUCUCAGUAACUCAUAGAAAGGUCUGGCAGGUCUAAUAGGAGGACUUGGGGACUAUGUGUGAAUUUAAAGAAUAGAUUUUGAUCAUUUGUACAACAGUUACACCACAUUAGUACAGUGUCAUUUAGCAUAAAUAGAUUUUGACUUUAUUACUGUUUGUAAAUUGAAAAAUCUAUGGAUGUAUUUUUCAGUUCUUUGUUUGUAAAAUGGAUUUCUAACAGCUGCAUGUUUGCUAAUCAAUAAAGAUAUUGGAAUGGGGGUGAGCAAAAAAAAAAUAUAUAAAGAAAAAAAAAGAUUAAGUUCCAAUUGGCCUGCAAUAAAACUAUUUGCAAUGAACAAAAAAAAGAAAAGACAGAAAACUCAGCUAAAAGAGAGAGACAAAGAAAAAAAUAAGAAAAAAUCCAUGAUCCAUUCCAAGAAUUAUUCCCCUCUGAAA